AAAUAUGGCAACAACAAUAGUAACUGUAGGUGGCAUCACCGAUGUGCCUGGAUCUGCCAAUAGCGUGGAGAUCGCAAAUCUGGCUCACUUUGCCGUUGACGAUCACAACAAAAAGCAGAAUGGAGUUUUGGAGUUUGUGAGAGUGAUAAGUGCAAAACAGCAGGUGGUGAGUGGGAUCUUGUACUACAUAACCUUGGAGGCCAAAGAUGGUGAAACCAAAAGGGUGUAUAAAACCAAAGUGUGGGUGAGGGAAUGGUUGAACUCCAAAGAGGUGCAAGAAUUCAACCUCGUCACUGAUUCAGCAAUAGAAACAAAAGACGGUGGAGUCGGCGAUGUUCCUUCUGAUACCCUUCACAUCGAGAAUCUCGCUCGCUUUGCCGUUGAUCAAUACAACAAAAACGAGAAUGCAAAUUUGGAGUUUGUGAGGGUGAUUGAUGCGAAGGAACAGGUAGUGGAAGGGUUCAUAUACUACAUAACUUUGGAAGCAAAAGAUGGUGAUAGUAAAAAUGUGUAUGAAGCUAAGGUGUGGGAGAGGUCAUGGUUGAACUCCAUAGAAUUGCUGGAAUUCAAGCCUGUGGAUGUUGCUGUUUGAUCCUCUUUCGGUCUCAUAAUAGCACUUAGAAAGGUGAAAGUUUCAGCACAUAUCUGAAGACUCCUUUAGUAUGCAUGUGUGGUAUAAAUAAAUGUAAUUAAUGCUACCUACGAUGUAUGGGGUGCAUGAAGUCCACUACAAAUAAAUGUUAUAUAUCAUAGAAUUAUAACUAAUGUUGCGGAUUAUGUAUUUAUGUGCGUA